GUUUAUUGGUAUCUCUUUUCAUUGUGGUGCACAGGACAAUAUGUCCGCAGUGGAAGUUGAUUCUAGUACUACUCUGAUUGAUUGCAUUGAUGAAUCAAAUGACGUGUUACCGCCGCCAUCGCCAACUGUUGAGACCCACGAGGAAGAAAUUGAUGGCGUUGUGGCCCUUUUACCUGGUGAAGCCAGAAUAUUGAAAGCUAAUUUGAGAAGUCCUGUGUGGCUAAAUUUUGAUAAGGUGAAAACAAUGAAAGCUUUAGAGAAAUAUCACGGUAGAGUUGUUGUGACGACCGAUAUGUGGACAACUAGCAAUCAGAAAAGAGGGUACAUGGUUAUCACGGCGCACUUUAUUGAUGAUUCUUGGAAUUUGCAAAGCCAUAUCCUAAGGUUUGUUUAUGUGCCAUGUCCACACACGGCACAAGCGUUGUGUGAUGCUAUGAUGGAUACUUUUUUGGAUUGGAAUAUUGAUAGGAAGCUUUCUACUAUUACUGUUCAUAAUUGCUCUACUAAUCAUGCGAUGGUUUCCAUUCUCUUGGAAAAAUUUGAUCCCAAUUGUUUGUGGUGGAGUGGAAGUUUGUUCCAUGUUCGAUGUGCUGCUCACAUUUUGAACUUAAUUUUGAAAGAUGGGUUGGAGGUAAUUAAGGAAGCCAUUGAGAAAAUUAGAGAUAGUGUUGCAUUUUGGACUGCAACACCAGAGAGGGAGAUUGAAGAAACUAUCUGCCAAUUGCGCAUUCCCUUUACCAAAACGUUGCCUCUUGACUGUGCCACAUGGUGGAACUCUACCUAUUUAAUGCUCCAAACCGCCAUAGAAUACAAGGAUGCUUUCUCUCAUUUGAAACACCGUGACACCCAAUACAAAACUGUACCAACCGAAAAUGAUUGGAAACUAGCUGUAGAAAUAUGUGGGAGAUUGAAGGUCUUCUACAAUGUCACAGAGUUGUUUAGCAGGACUAGGUAUCCAACUGCCAAUUUGCUUUUCGCCAAGAUUUGUGAGAUUAAAAUAGCAUUGUCUGAAUGGGUUUUUUGCGACAAUGUUGUGGUGCAAAAUAUGUCAUGGAAAAUGGAAAAGAAAUAUGACAAGUAUUGGCAAAAUAUUCAUGGGAUUUUGGGUGUUGUGCUGGUGUUGGAUCCAAGGUACAAGAUGACUUUGAUAGAGUACUCUUUUAGGGGGAUUUUUGGGAUUGAGGCGGAAUCGAAGAUUGAGACAGUCUUAUAACUUUGUUGUGACUUGCUGAGUACCAAGGUAGAUUGAACAAAGGUGGUGGUGAAUCUUCAAGCAAGGUGGUCUCUGGUGUUGGAGAUGGAGAUGAUCUUUCUGAUUUUGACAAGCUUGUGUCCAGUAGAAAGAAAGCUAAAACGUCACAUGUCAAAACUGAAUUAGAUAAUUAUUUGGACGAGGAAGUGUAACCAAGGCAUCCAGACUUUGAUAUAUUGGCGUGGUGGAAGUCUAAUGUUUUGAAGUACCCCACUUUGCAAGCCAUAGCUAAGGAUAUGCAUUGGCCAUACCGGUAUCUAUUAUUGCAUCUGAGUCUGCCUUUAAUUAGUACUAGUGGUAGAGUACUGAAUCCAAAUCGCAAUAGGCUUCAUCCAAAGACUUUGGAAGCAUUGAUGUAUGCACAAAGUUGGUUGACCG